AUGACAAGGAGACAAGCAAGUGUCACCAGACAUGGUUCUGGGAGUUUUACCCUUUCUGGAGUCCUCAAUUCCAAAUCGAAAUCUUCCCCACUAUUGUCCAUAUUUAUCGUUCUCUUGGGAGCUAUCCUUCUCGUCAUUUAUGCUUUUGGUGGGUCAGGUCUGUUGGGAGGAAAAAAAGAUGUGGUUAACAGGAUUGAAGGUGAUUUUUCAUGCACUUUUGAAGUUCCCAAUGCAAUUCCUGUUUUGAAGAAUGCAUAUGGUGGCAGCAUGAAAAACGUUUUGCAUGUAGGCCCUGAGAGUUGUUCAGUGGUCUCCAAAUUGUUAAGUGAAGGGGAAACUGAAGCAUGGGGUGUGGAGCCAUAUGAAAUUGAGGAUGUUGAUCGGAAAUGCAAGGCUCUAGUGCAGAAAGGCAUUGUACGUGUUGCUGAUAUAAAAUUCCCUUUACCAUAUAGGGAAAAGUCUUUUUCUCAUGUUGUAGUGUCAGAUGCUUUGGAUUACCUGUCUCCAAAAUAUUUGAACAAAACUCUUCCUGAUCUAGCGAGGGUAUCUGCUGAUGGUAUUAUUAUUUUCACAGGUUAUCCAGGUCAACGGAGAGCUAAAGUAGCAGAAUUGUCUAAAUUUGGCCGCCCAGCUAAAAUGCGGACCUCAUCUUGGUGGAAACAAUUUUUCACUGAUACAAGCAUAGAAGAAAAUGAAUCUGCCUCCAAGAAUUUUGAGCAAGCUGCAUCAAAGAUGUCCUACAAGCCAACUUGCCAAAUUUUCCACCUCAGUUCAUACCAUUAA